CAGUUCCUAGAGACAGGGCGGGGUUUGCGCGUGCUUUUCGGGACCAGGCGCAGAGCGAUGGCCUGCGCGCUGCUUCUCCUGCUGUCCGCGCUCUGCGCGCUGCUGCUGCUGCUCGGCCUUGGGCUUUUCCUGCGGGCCGACAGCGACCUGACCCUGCAGUGGGCUGAGCGGAGGGGCCGCCGUCCAGAACGGGAGCUGCCUGGCAUGGUGGUGUGGGUGACGGGGGCUUCAAGUGGCAUUGGCGAGGAGCUGGCUUACCAGCUGAGCAAAUUGGGAGUUUCUCUCGUGCUGUCAGCCAGAAGAGAGCAUGAGCUGGAGAGAGUGAAAAGAAAAUGCCUGGAGAAUGGCAAUGUAAAAGAAAAAGAUAUCCUCGUUCUGCCCCUGGAUCUGAUGGACAGAAGUUCUCAUGAGGUGGCUACCAAAGCUGUUCUCCGGGAGUUCGGUAGAAUUGACAUUUUGGUCAACAAUGGAGGAAGAUCCCAACGUUCUUUGCUCGUGGAUACCAACAUGGAUGUCUUCAAGGAGCUAAUAGAACUUAACUACCUAGGGACGGUGUCCUUGACGAAGUGUGUUCUGCCUCACAUGAUCGAGAGGAGGCAAGGCAAGAUUGUGACUGUGAAUAGCUUUAUGGGGAUUAUUUCAGUGCCUCUUUCCAGUGGAUAUUGUGCCAGCAAACAUGCUCUUCGGGGUUUUUUUAACAGCCUCCGAACUGAACUUGUCGAAUAUCCAGGCAUAGCAGUUUCUAACAUUUGCCCAGGACCUGUGCAGUCACAGAUUGUGAACAACGCCCUAGGUGAAGAAGUUACAAAGGCUGUGGGCAAUGGUGGAGACCAGUCGUACAAGAUGGCAACUAGUCGUUGUGUGCGGCUGAUGUUAGUCACCAUGGCCAAUGAUUUGAAAGAGGUCUGGAUUGGAGAUCAACCGUUUUUGUUGGUAGUGUAUUUGUGGCAAUAUAUGCCAACCUGGGCCUGGUGGAUAACCAACAAGUUAGGAAAGAAAAGGAUUGAAAACUUCAAGAGCGGUGUGGAUGCGGACUCCUCUUAUUUUAAAUUCCUGAAGAAAAAACAUGACUGAAUGGAACACUUGCAAUUUCUCAGCUACUUGAGGGAGAAGUGAAAAACAACCACAGCAACCUGCUUAUAUUUUUCAAUACAACUUUACUUUCAGCAUGUAAUGAAUAAUAAACAUUGCCAUGAAUCUUAUAUUAAUACAUACUAUGUUCUUGAAUAAAAAAGGUUAAAAAAUA